AUGUCAGCCACCCGGCACAACAAAAUUUCAGGAAACAAGGAGAGCAACUAUCAGUCAGUCAGACCACGUCAGGCUUUUCGAAUCCCAAAGAAUAAGCGCUUGGUCGUCUGCUGCGAUGGUACGACAGACGACCGCAAUAGAAAGGAACCUGUGACCAACGUUGCGAGAAUUGAGCGAUUCAUCGCAGCCGAAGACAACGAGGGCAAACAAAAAAUUACUCACUAUCUCACAGGCGUGGGUACAGCAGAUGACUUGCUAGCUCAUCACGUUGACCAAGCUGUUGCUUCAACAAUUGGUGAACGGAUCUGCCAAGCUCUCGAAUUUCUCGCAACGCAUUACUGCCCAGGUGAUGAAAUCUAUCUCAUCGGUUUCUCUCGCGGCGCCUUCACUACUCGUUGUGUAGCUCAGUGGCUUCACGAUCUCGGCCUGUUCGCGCCCAAUUGGGAAGGCUCUACUCAUCACGAUUUGAAGAGGUUGUACGAAACUUGGAUCAGAGCAAAUCAAGCGGGUAAACGAAUCGACUUCGGCGACAAAGUCGUCUGCCUGCACAAGGACGUUUCAGUACGGGCUUGUGCGGUCUGGGACACCGUUGCGGAAGUCCGGAAUUGGUACUUGACCAAGAAGCCCCAACAGCUGGGAAGUCAAGUAACACCAAAUAUCCGAUAUGCUAUCCAGGCACUGUCGCUGGACGAAGAAAGAAUCAAUUUCCCCGCCGAGGUGUGGAAACAGUACGAUCCCCAGAGGCAAACGCUUCGCCAAUGCUGGUUCAGAGGCUUUCACUCUGAUGUGGGUGGCGGCAAGGGUGACAAUUCAGAUAACAACUUUGCUAACCUGACAUUAAUCUGGAUGUGCAGCGAACUUGCCAAAACUGGCCUCCGCUUCGACUUCCAGUCGGAUGACUGGGACAUGCUCGAAAAAGUUCUCCUUCACCCAAUGUACACGCAAAUCAAGACCACAACUCUGGAUAAGAAGUAUAAGGCAUACCUACCGAAUGCAGUGCAAAGCGCUGACCGGAGAUCCGACCUCCCCAACUCGCGCACUCUUGGAUGGAAAGCCGGUGGUCUUCCUCAGGGCCAAGUCAGAGCUAUCAAGCGAAGGCCUGGUCACGGAUCAAACGAGACAAUCCAUUGGAGCGUUUCUCAUAUGGCUAGUGAUAUCCUGUUCUGUCAAAAAUGCCCCAAGCUCGAAGGCAUCAAGCGCGGACCGGAGGUACAUCAAAGGCGAUAUUGGUGGAAGAUCCAGGAAGCGAAUGUGGAGUUACCGCAGGAGCGCAUCAGUGCCGAAGAGCUGUUCAUACUAGCAAAGCUUCGAUUACCAGAGCUCAUUGAAGAGCUGUACAAACAUGAAGGGCCAGCCACAGAGGACGCAGUCCAAGUCAAAUCUGAUCACGAACUGAAAGGUGUGGAGGCGAGGCAAAUUCGAGAGCUAAAUCAAAGAGUCAAUUCUAUGACUUUGAACAAGGAGGGGCCGUAUAAGAGGACGAAUUUCCCAGACAAUCCAAGACAUGUCCCGACAUGGGAUGCCAAUCACAGACGCAUCGAACAUCUACCCGUAAGGCGGAGUCCCCACCAGGAAGGUCAGUCGUCGUCUGAUGACGGAUCCGACCAAGGAGAGCCGCAUUGGAGCUCUCAGGUGAGGGUGGACAGGAAGAGUGAAGCUAUGAAGAGGCGAUAUGGAGACUUGCGGAACGUCAGACGCUAA